AAUAUGCCUCAAGAUGGUCUAAGAUCAGUUGUUUAUAGAUCAUUUGUCACAUGUGAUGAUUCAAAAGGAGUUGUGAAUUGUAAGACAAUAAAAAAAUCAAGGACUGGUUCUCAGCAAAUGGACCACAAGAACGAAAGCCAAAGGACACGAAAGAACUCAAAUACGGCUAUGGCAUACUACAUGGAGAGAGAGGACAUGGUCUCAAAAGGGUUUACAGAAGAAGUUCAUAGUCCAUCUUCUUUUCAAGUCAUGGAAGUCUCUAGAGGAGCCCAGAAGCUGAACCAGAUGAUUGACUCAUGGUCUAAAGGAGUGAUAUUUGAUGGGCAGUCUAAAGAUAUUGCACAAGAUUUGUUGAAAGGUGCUCUUGAUCUCCAAGAAUCUCUAGUCAUGCUAGGAAAGUCUCAAGAAGCUUCAUUGUAUAUGUCUUAGGUAAGAAAGAAGCCGCAUGAGAAGUCAGAAAGCAGAAGAAUUGAUGAAAUGGAGAUUAGGAGAACAAAUUCUAGUCCAAUUGGGGAUCAAAAUUGCUCAAUGGGAUUUCAAAAGCCUAGAAUUUCUACUGAUGGCUCUUCAAGGAAUCAGAUUGAAGAGCUUAAGAAAGUGUUCAGAGACAGCCUUGCUAAGCAGAAUCUAUUGCCAAACCUAACCACUCAAGAAACAGGAUAUCUUCAUCAAAGAGAUUUGAGCUCAGCUUCAGAAAUUCCUUCCACAAGCUCAAACCAGUCUUUGAAUGUUGAUGCAUAUGAUUUUGAUUCUCCUGACUCCUCUCUUUCAUCAAAAGCUCCACAGAAGAAGGAGAAAAAAGGCCCAAAUUUGAUUGCCAAGCUAAUGGGUCUAGAAGACCUCCCUUCAAAAACAUCACAGAACACUCUACAGAAACAUUUAGAGAGGGAGAGAAUUUCAAACCAGAGAAGACCUAUAGUUGACAUUGAUAUGCCAAAGGGAAGGAAGCCCCAAUCUAUAGCACAGAGGGUGAAUCCAGAGCGGAAGACAUUGAAGGAAAUACUUGAUACCCUGCAAUUCAAAGGACUUCUGAGAAGCAACUCUAUCAAAGAGCUUAAGCCUCAGUCUGAUCAUUCCGACAAUUCCCAUUCCAAACAAAGGGUGAUUGAUGAGAUACCACCCAUUGUUCUUAUUAAACCUUUUCGUGUCCCACGCCUGGUGGACCAGCUUCACACAGCAGUGCUUCGGGAAGAGAAAUCUUUCAACACAAAAAAGAUGCUGAGAAAAUUGACAAUAAAAAGAGAGCUUUCUUUCAACACUCACAAAGAAGGGGCUUUGAGUUCCAAGAAAAUGCAUUGCAAAAUGGAAGUAGAAGAAGAAGAGACUCCUAUUAAAACACUUAGCAUAGAAGAAGUUACUAGGGAACAUAAAGAAGUAGUUAGGAAACCAGAAGGAAAAGAAAUCAAGCCUAAAGAAAAGGUUUCACAUAAGCUAAAAGCUUCUGUUCCUGUAGAUCACAGACUGCAGACAAAAGAGGCAAUUGUCAAGAAACUGAAAGCAGAUCGAUUUCAAAAUAAUGCUUCUGCUAGCAGGAAACCGCUGAAGAUGGAGAACAAGAAAGGUAAAAUUGUCUCAAGAUGUAAAGAUCAAGCUACAGUGACCUCUACAAAGCCAAGAAAGUCUGGAAAUGUAUCAAACAGUUGUUUAGUAAACAACCAGAUUUCCCGAAAACCAAGUACCACCCAAAACACCAGCUCAAAACAUGCAACAAAAACUAUAAGUUCCUCUGAUCAGAAAAAGAAUCAGAUGAAGAAGAAGAAGCCAGUCAGGGAGCUUACAGCAAUCAAAUCAAUUGAAAACUUUGGAUCCAAAGAAGAUGACAUGAGCAUCAAUUUUAAAAGUGAAAUUUGCUCUCCACUGAUAAGAAUUGACACUACUCUUGCGGAUCAAUUCCCUGUAGAUGAGGAAAAGGAUGCCUCUGAAUCUAAUAUUGGAGAGCAUUGCAGUAAUAGCCAGAGUUCUCUUUCUGAUGUCACACCAGUGAGUCCCAAGCAUGAAAUGGAUGAGAAAACUGUGGAAGAAGCUUACGAUUACAUCCUUCAUAGUAGAAAAGAUAUCAAAAGCUUUAAAUCUGGAAAUAAUCUCAUACAUUUUCUCUUGAGCAGUCCAUCAUUCCUUACUCAUGCAGAGGAGCUUUUUGAUCUUGAUGUGUGUACUCCAACAAUUUUACUAACAUCUUGCACCAGUGAUUUCAUAGAAGCCAAUGUGAGGCUCUCUUUAGAAUGUGCAAAUGAACUAAUUGAACGUAAAAGCCUUCGAGGUUCACAAACAGUCCAUCCUUUGUUACUUACACAUGAGGGCAAUUUGAGAGUAUGCACCUCAGUGGACAAGUUAUUGGAGGAAGUUUGUAGUGUUGUUGAAAGUCUUAGAAGAUAUAGCAAGUUUGGUGGUGAGCUUCUUCCUCAAGAUAGUCUUUAUUCAAUGUUAGAGAGAGAUAUAAGCUGCAAUGGAAUUGAAAAUGGAAUCUGGGAUUUUAGUUGGAGGUAUGAAUUUUCUGCAGAUGAUGCUGAGCAAGUGGUGACUGAGAUAGAGAAGCUAGUUUUCUGUGAGUUGAUUGAGGAGGUCCUCACAUAAAGGCUUCAGCAUAUUAUCCAUGUUUGUCUGGAUACAUUAGUUUGAGAGGUUAGUAUAGCACUAUUACUUUCUUCUGUAUAUAUAAUGGCGCUAUGGAGGAGGGUUGAAAAUGUUAGCUAGUGUCACAACUCACAAGGUUAUGAUCAUUUUCCAAUAUCAUGUUUUUAAGCAGUCAUAUGAAUAUCUGCUAACGACUUUAACCUUGACGACUAAUACUAAUUUGGAGCCUGGAAUGUGUAGUGGAAAUGUUGAGAAAAAAGAACUACUUGAGUAUAUUUAAGAUCAUUUUGCAAACUUCUAUAUAUUCAACUCAAGGCGAUUAUUUCU